CAUCUACAGCAAGACGAGAGUACAUCGAAACAAGCUAUUUUCAAUCUUUUCAUGUAAGAGGAACAUCGUCUACUAAGAAACGAAGAGAAUUCAACUACAAGACACUCUGAACAUUAUCACUUCCUUGUGGGAUGCAGUUGACUAUAUGUUGGAGAAUUUAAAUUCCCUUUCAGCUGGACUUUGCUUUUUUUGUUUGAAAAAUGGGUGAUGGAUCAGAAGAGGACAAAAUGAAAACAAAAGGAGGAUUAAAAUGUUGUAAACUCAGAAUCAUUUUCCUCUUGUUGACCACCAUUAGUUUCAUUGGCCCCGCGCAUGGAUUUGCACUGAAGACUUGCCGAGUCAGCCAAAACAACGCCGUGUGUGUCAAGUACAAACUGAAAGCUGUUCCUCACGAUAUUCCCUCAACAGUGACGGGCUUUGAUUUAUCCGAGAACAGAAUAUUAAGAAUACAAGCAUCAGAUUUCAGAGAUCUAACACUUUUGACUCGGUUAGACCUAAACCGCAACCGCAUCUCGCAGAUAGAUCGCGGCUCCUUUGCCACUCUGAUUUCCCUCCAAAAGUUAAAUCUGAAUAACAACAAACUCGCCAAACUGGAAGAGAAUGUUUUCGAUGGAUUGCGCAGCCUCGUUGAACUCAGAAUUCUCUCCAAUCACAUCCAAAAAGUGGCCCCCACCUCUUUUAGAUCCCUGACGAACUUGAAGUUUCUAGAUCUUUCUCACAACAAACUGAACUGCUUGGCUAACGUUCGCUUAGUAUUGCAGCAUAUGCCACAUCUGCAGGAGCUGGUACUGAAAAACAACAAUUUAGCCACUUUUCAGUCAUGGGAACUGACAAACAGCUCAUUGGCGCUUGGUGCCAUUGACUUGUCUCAAAAUCCCAUCGCGGUCUUUAGGAUGACCAAGGACAUUUUUCCAAAUCUCACUCGGUUUAACAUCGGCUCUUCCAGAAAGGAACCGAUGAGAUGGGACAUAGGUAACCACACUUUCCUGAGUCGAGUGUCUAAGCUUGAUAUCAGCGGGCUUCAAAUGGUUGUCGGUGACAUGAGAACAUUGCUGCAGAGGGUGAACUCGUCUUUAAUUUCUCUGAGGAUGAACUCAAUGAAACAUAACCUUGUCCAGCUCAUCAACAUGUCCUGCACCAUCCCAACGAUGUCCUCGCUGACACUUCGAUAUAACAGGCUUUGGUAUGUCAGUUCAGAUUUGUUCAAGCUGUGCAUUAAUGUCACAGAGUUAGAUUUAUCACAUAAUAGUAUAAAAACUAUCUACGACAACGCCUUUAGCUCCCUUCGAAGUCUAAGGAUCUUGACCCUGAGUCACAACAGACUUCCUUCUGUUCCGGCCGCCACGAGGAAUCUACCGGCUUUAUCUGAGCUGGACCUCAGCACUAAUAACAUCAGCGCGCUCGGAUGUCACGAUUUCGCCAAUCAGACAAAGCUCAGACAGCUCAGCCUUUACCAGAAUUCAAUCCCGGCUCUGAAAGACUGCCUGUUCCAAGAUUUAAAACAACUGCAGGUCCUGAAGCUACAGAACAACCACAUAAGCAAACUGAACAGUGCUUUCAAAGAACACUUGCACAACCUCACACGGCUAAAUCUGAAUGGAAAUAAACUCACUGCCAUCAAACAGGGGGAAUUUAAAGGCCUGCAGUCCCUCCAGAACUUAUCGUUACAUCAAAAUCAAAUAAAAGAACUUGAACGCGACAGUUUCAUUGGCUUGGCGAAUCUUACAGAAAUGUCCCUGCAAUCGAACGCUCUUACAAAAAAGACCCUGGACAAGAAUCCUUUCCAUAAUCUGACUAACUUAAGAAGAUUGGAUAUGGAGGACAAUCACAUUAAAUAUGACUUUAGUACAGCUUUGCCUGUUCCACCGUUUUCUGAACUGUCCCGUCUGGAGGAGUUGUCCAUUCUUACUCAGCGCUUUAGGGGGAAGCAUAUGCUGCCUGUAAACUUCCUGCAAGGUUUGACGAACCUUUUGCUGUUCAAGGCCAGGAACAAUCAACUUGUAUUCCUGCACAGGGACACGUUUAGUUACACGCCUAAGCUGCAGACGCUUGACAUCAGCUCAAAUGAUAUUUCCAAUUUCCACCCGGAGCUGUUUUUCCCACUUCGAAACCUGAAGAGCCUUUACAUAUCCAGAACAAGCCUUCACUCUCUAGAUGGCCUCAUAAAUGCCAAGCUGACCAACCUGAAGUUCCUGCAGGCGAGAAAUAAUUUGUUCUCAGUUGUCAGCAAGGAGGUGAUAGAGGCCCUGCCAGCUCUGGUUUAUUUGGAUCUUCAAGGGAACAGUUUCACCUGUGACUGCGAUAACGCCGGGUUCCUCUGCUGGGCAGCAAACGACACCCGCACUCAAGUUUAUGACGCUUACAACUAUCUGUGCAACUAUCCGUUUACCUUUAAAGGUAAGACGCUGUUGCACUUCGACUUCCGGGACUGCGUACUCGACACCGGCUUCAUCUGCUUUGUCUCCACCACAUGCAUGAUCCUCUGUUUCAUGAUCGCGUCCUUCACCUACCAUUUCAUGAGGUGGCAGCUGGUCUAUGCCUAUUACAUCUUCUUGGCUUGGCUCCAUGACACAAAGUACAAAAACAGGGAAGCUCCUCAUCAGUAUGACGCCUUCAUCUCCUAUAACACCCACGAUGAGCCCUGGGUCAUCAGGGAGCUCUUACCAAAACUGGAGGGAGAACAGGGCUGGAAGCUGUGUUUGCAUCAUCGAGACUUUGAACCAGGGAAACCCAUCAUUGACAACAUCACAGAUGCCAUCUAUGGAAGCAGAAAGACCAUCUGUGUGAUCAGCCGCCGAUACCUGGAGAGCGAGUGGUGUUCCAAAGAGAUCCAGGCGGCCAGCUUCCGACUGUUCGACGAGCAGAAGGACGUCCUGAUCCUGGUGUUUCUGGAGGAGAUUCCCAGACACCUGCUCUCUCCGUACCACCGCAUGAGGAAGCUGCUCAAGAGGCAAACCUACCUGAGCUGGCCGCAAGCCGGAGAGCACGCCGAGCUGUUCUGGGAGAAACUCCAACAGGCGCUGAAGGCCAAAGAAGAACCGAGCGAGGACAGGUUCAACCUCACUCUGUUGGAAACACCUUGACGGGAAAGGAAAUAGGAAACACAGUUGGUUUGGGAAGUUUAUCUGAAGGAUAUCAGCCAGCAAGCAUUUCAAAUUGUAUUAAAAUUGACUGAUUUUUAUGGGAAAUCAGGAGCAAGUUAUGGUUAAACACUGACAGAUGAACAUUCAGUGUCUGACAAAAACAGUGUGAGAAGAAGAAGGACUGACAUGAAUAGUUUCAGCGACGCCACCACCAGUCUUUUAUCACUGAGGAUGUGUGUGUAGCAGGAGCAUAAAAAAGACCAUUUUCAGUGUUUAGAAACUUGCUAGAAACCCAAUUUUUAUGCACCAGUUUUGUUUCCUCUCUUGAUUCUUGGCAAAACUUUCCACCGUCUUGUUAAAAGCUGUGAUGAGAUUCCUGCUAAUUGCUAACUCAAGUCUCUGAGCGCUCGCUUCUUGACACGUGGAACAUUCUUCAUCAGACUUUCUGUAUUUUUUUGUCUGCAGUUUAAAGGACUUCUGCUGUAUUUUCCCAUUUCUUGCGGCUCUAUGAGCGGCGCCAACUUUGCACCUCCGUUGUGGAAAUGUAACAGGGAGUCGUGCAGAGCAGUGAAUAUGAAGGCAAAAAGAGCAUGCUGCCAGCAGCUUUUUUUGCAUGAAUCAUUGUAAAAUAUCUGUUUUUGAAUGUUAUUAAUGAUCAUUUUAAUAACUGCAAUGGGGAUCUCCAUCAGGGACGACUGACCUAAUCAUUGGCAGAUUCAUUUUUCUUGCAACUUGGAGGUGCAGAAAGUCAGCACCAUCGAUCCACAGUAACCACUUUAAUGGUGGAAAUAAAGCAGAAUUAGGACACAAUUCAAUACGUGAACAGUGAACUCAUCCUGGUACUCCUACUUGGACACCCAUCGACAAAAAAAUCUCACUGUUUGUACUGAAUUUACAUGUUUUUGUAACAUAUAUCGUAUCUUUAAGGAGUUUUAUAUACGUAUAUUUUCAUCUUUUUUGUUUGCUUUGGUUUAAGAUGCAUCUUGGGCGAUCUAACCACAAGAGGGCAGCAAAAAAUAUAAGUCAUGAUACAGAUGCCUCACAAAUGACUCCGUCCUGCCAGUCUCAACAGCUGGAAUGACGUACAGUCAUGACUCGAUCCGACCCUUGACAAUCAGAAAACCUUGCUAUCCGACAGGUUUUUAUGAAAACGAA